AUGCUGGCGUUACUCGGUCUAGCUGCUAAGAUGAGUGGUAAGGAGCAGACCCCUUCGUCAGACACAUAUAUAUACAAAGAAGUUAUGUCGCCCGACGGGCUGAAAGAACUCCUGAAGAGCAACUCGAAGAACGUCGCAUACGUCAAGAACAUCGCGAACGUCGCGAACGUCGCGAAAUAA